UGAGAGCGUCAGAUGCAGUCAUGGCAGCAGAACGGCCGCAGAAACGUAGACGGCUGUCGCCGCCAGAUGAUAAUGAUGCCAGCGACUUAGACUCGUCUCUAGCUGGCCAAGAUGCUAGCGGCGAUGGCGACAGUCUGUUUGAAUCGAGUCGCAUACCGACCGAUACAGUCUCUCGCAUCGCCAAAAAGCGCGAAGGUCUUGCGGCGACAGAUCAAUCGUCUAAGCCGGAGGAGGUAUUGCCCAACUCAAUCACGGCUUCCAUGGAUCCUGAGCACACCACUUUCGCUAGGCUAGGACUGGACCCAUGGCUCAUUGCUUCCUUGUCGCACAUGGCUAUCAAGCACCCUACCCGAAUUCAGAGCGCCAGUAUACCUCAAAUACUCGCCGGCCGAGACUGUAUUGGCGGCAGUCGGACGGGUUCUGGAAAGACUGUAGCCUUUGCUAUACCAAUUCUGCAGCAGUGGGCUCGAGAUCCUUCCGGUAUUUAUGCGGUCGUACUUACCCCAACGCGAGAGCUGGCGCUGCAAAUUUACGAACAGAUCGCCGCUGUUGGAGCUAGGCAAGGUGUCAAAGUGUGUCUUGUGACUGGUGGCGCGGAUAUGAGAGCCCAGGCGUUGGAGCUGGAAAAGCGGCCUCAUAUAGUCGUUGCUACGCCUGGACGACUUGCCCAUCACGUGGAAACAUCUGGCGAUGAUACUGUGCGCGGCUUACGAAAGACGAGGUACGUUGUUCUUGACGAAGCCGAUCGACUUCUGGCUACUGGCAAAGGCUCGAUGCUACCGGACGUGGAGAUCUGCCUUUCUGCCUUGCCACCGAGCAGCAGGAGGCAGACUUGCCUCUUCACGGCAACAGUAACACCGGAGGUACGUGCUCUGAAGCAGAUGCCACGCCCUCCAGAUAAGCCGCCGCUCUUCAUCUGCGAAGUGGACACCGAAGAUCUGGCCAUUCCACCCACGCUCAGGCAGACCUAUCAACUUGUCAAUGUAGUACACAAGGAGAAGUAUCUGCAUGUUUUACUUCUCACCCCGUUGAACAUCGACAAGUCAAUUAUUAUCUUCUGCAAUCGCACCUCCACCGCAAACCUUCUAGAGUACCUUCUACGCUUGCUUGACCACCGAGUCACUUCCCUACACUCUGGUCUACAUCACGAACAGCGCACCUCGAACCUCGCCCGCUUCCGCGCCCGCGCAGCACGUAUUCUCGUAGCCACGGACGUUGCCGCUCGUGGACUUGACAUUCCUGACGUCGGUUUAGUCAUCAAUUACGACUUACCGCGCAAUCCGGACGACUACAUUCAUCGUGUCGGUCGAACAGCUCGUGCCGGGCGUGAAGGAACAAGCAUCAGCAUGGUCGGACAGCGCGACGUGGACCUUGUGCAUGCGAUCGAAGCCCGAGUAGGACGAGAAAUGGAGGAGUAUCAGGAGGAACGGGUAAGUGUCGAGGGCAGGGUGAUCAGAGAGGCGCUGAAUGUUGUUGGCGACAAGAAAAGGGAGGCUAUGUUAGCCAUUGAGGAGGGAAGGGAUGUUACUGGCAAGCGUGUUAGGAAGAUGGAGAGUGCGACAAAGCGGAAGUAGGUAGCCUCGAAUUGAGAACUGUGCCUCCACCCGCACGCAUACUCGCACAUGGCGUCCUAGCUAUCAGCGAAUGCUGCGUUAUGGUAAUUUGGUGCCAUCGACUAUUGAAGUCACUGCACGUUUGUGGACUUUCCGAGGGGCAAGACACGGAGGGGAAGGCACAAUCACACGGUCAUGGCGACUCGGGUAUCACUGCAUUUAGCGAUCACGUCCCGUGUGUUAACGGUGAUGCAUGGGAUAGACGUUGCAAGC